AUGUCCACUCCUUAUACACCAGCUCCACAGAUCUUCAACCUAUUCAAAGUUCUAGCUGUUUCUUUGGCUCUGAUAGCUGCUGUUGAGUACUUUAAAUAUGGUACAAGAAUUAAUUACGAAUGGUUUCAUUGUACACCUGUAAUGGAGAGAGUGGGUGGUCCCGACAGCUCUGUUUUAAAGAUUUGGGCUAGAGGUGGUCCAAGUUGUGACAAGAGAGGGGAAUACAAGACUAUCUUGAAGAGAAUUUCAAGAGAUUACGAACCUAACGAUGAGCAUCUAUCAUUCUGCAUAAAGGAAAAUAUGUCCGUGGAUCCGGUUCAUUACCCAAUACACGAAGACAAAGGUGAGCCAGGCUACAUCGCCUAUGUUGGCUACGACUCAGACAAGAGAACCGUGGAUGAAUUGUGUGAAGGUACCACCGUGUUCCACUUCUAA